AUGGGUAAGAACUACGACAACUGGGAAAGGCUGGUGAAGGCUGUCUCCCGCAGGGAGGAAGACAAGCUAUUAGCAUUGACUCAUUCUGUCUCUGCAUCAUCAUCUUCAUCUUCUCAACUCAGUUUUUCUUCGACGUCUCAAUUUGCCCCAGACGCAUGUAAAUUACCAAUGGAAUAUUCCGAUUUAACAGUUGAUCGCAAGGACUGGAAGGCGAUGCUUCCACCUGGGGAACGGGAAGUAGUAUGGAGAUCAUUGUCAAUGAGCUUUUUUCUCGACGGAAGGACCGGAAAGAAUUGUUUCUUGCUCGGAGCUAUGAGCCUCAUAUUUGGGUUACGAGGCUUUGACGAUUUUUGGAAAUUUAACCCGCAUCCACAAUCCAGAUUUUCAUAUUCAGCUGAGCUCGUAGAUUCGCAGUGCUUUUACAUCCAAGGCAAUGUAAAGACAAAGAUGCUGUCAUCAGAGACUUGUUACGCUGCGUACUUGGUGUUUGGAUUUGCGGAGACGUAUGCAAAGUUGUAUUCAGCAGUUUCGAUCAUUAGAAACUUUUACGACGAACCAGCAUCAGGUGGCGGAUAUCCAGAGGAGCAAGCCAAGAUGGUGAAGUUUCAAGAAGGAAAUGAUAGAGAAGAUGGAUGGAUGGAAAUACAAGUUGGAGAAUUUUAUGUUGAUUUGGAAGAAAAUGGGGAGGUACAAGUGCAGUUGCUCGAUACGAGUGGGAACACAAAGAGCGGCCUCAUCGUUGAAGGCAUUGAGCUUCGACCUUUCAACUCAAUAUAGACUGUGCAAUUGGAUCUAAACAUUUCGUAUAUCACAAAUUCGAAGAUUACUUCCAAUAUCAUGUGUCUAUGGAUGUAUAAUUUUCUUCAAAUUAUAUUUUUGUUGGAAUUUAGUUUUUGUUGUGGCCUUACUCUAUACAUGAAUAUUUUUUCAAGCCCA